ACCGCCAGCGAGUAUGCAAAAAAAUAUUAUUCCAGUUCCGGGCAUAUAACAUAUACCAAGGCCCGUGCAUCGAGAAACAUACUCGCCCGCAGUUCCCUAGUGGUGCCUAUAAACCACGCGAGACAGCAGUUUUCAGGUAACCCUAAGAAGGUCAAGUUGAACCCACACAAGAGCUGUGAAUUGACAGACAGAAAGGGGCUCCUGGCACUAUAAGUACCACAAGCAGCGUCCUAGCCCUGGUUGACCUCUAAUAAUCUCUUUCACCUUCGUGGCCCUAAAAGACUUCUUUUGAACGCGGCGUACAACGAGCCAUUUGAGAAAUACCUAUCUACUACGAGCACAGGCUGCGGAAACCAUAGUACAAUAUGAAGAACUUCCUUUCCACGACCUUGUGGCUUGCCCAACUAGCCGCUGUUCACGGCGCCCCAAGCGGUUACAGCAGCAGCAGCAGCAGCAGCAACCUAGCAAAAUGCAACGGCCCUCGCUUCCAGCACCAGCCGAUAAAGCAGGUCCCACACACUGAGGUGCAGCAAGGGCCUCUCACCAACUCAUCAGCAUCCGAGUCUCCCUUGACCGACCAGCAAAACACCCCCUACUACUACACGACCAACUGGGCUGGGGCCGCCCUCUUAAGCGCCGACCUUGCCUCCACCCCCAUCCUCACCUCUGUGGCCGCAGCCUUCACUGCGCCCAUCCCCACUGUUUCCAGUAACAUGGCCGGCGAGGCCGCCUCGAUCUGGGUAGGGAUUGACGGCUUUGUCAACACGGGAGCUAUUUUACAAGCGGGAAUCGACGUGGUUACCGCAUCCUCCUCCACCGAAGAGGAAGUCGAGUACGUCUACACCGCUUGGUAUGAAUGGUACCCAGCCAACGCGGUGGAUUUCUCCCCGGAGGUGCUGGCGAUCAAGGGCGGGGAUGUCAUCGUGGCCACCGUGUAUGCGACCUCCUCGUCCGCUGGGGUGGCUGUGAUUGAGAACGAGAGCAACGGCCAACGGGCCACAGCGACGGUCACCGCACCUGCCGCCACCAGCACCCUGACUGGCCAGUCGGCCGAGUGGACUGUCGAGGAUUACCAGAGUAGCGGGGAGACAGUGUCAUUUUUGAACUUUGGGUCCGUCACAUUCACGGGUGUGACGGCGGGAGCUGCGGCUGGGAAUUUGACGUUUGCCGUGGAGGAUGAGGAGGAUGAAGCGGCGGUGGCGCUGGUUGAUCUUGUGAAUCUGAGUACGGAGAAAUACGUGGCUAAAGCGAGCAUUGUGUAUGAUGGGUCUGGGAUUCUGGUGGAGUAUGUUUAGAUAAUGAGGGAAGAUGCAAGUAUUCAAGCGUAGUGUGACUCGGGGAGACUGAAUGACUGUAGCGGAUAGGGUAUAUAUCACUUAAAAUCAAUGAUCAAGUGGUCAAGCUCUUUAGCCCAGAAUGGAUCCUGCGGGAAAAGAUUUUAUCCCAAUACCAGCGACAAGGUAGUGCUAAAGAAGCAAGCGACAUUCGUUAUAUCAUUACUAUAUGAUACCUCUGACUGCGCCGGGCAUACCAGAACUUGACUUCAAUGAAAA